UGUCAGAGCAACAUGCAUUUGCUUCCUUGGUUUUAAUUAAUUCAAUUUCUCGCCUCUUUUCUUCCUAGGUGUACAAGUGUACAGCCCCUCUCUUUUUGCUUAUCACAAUUCAGAAGGUGUGUGUGUAUAUAUAUCUCUCCUACCUCCAGCUACUUCACUUGUCAAAUCCCAAACACAAACACCUAGCUAGCCUCCUGAGCUCAUCAGCUUAGCUUCGCCUAGCUAGCUAGCCUGACUGCAAUCACCUGAUUGAUUUGGUUGAUUUGUGGGCGCGCGCGCGCAUGGCGAAGGUACAUCCUAACGUGGUGCCCGUGGCGGCGGCGGCAGGGCCGGCCGGCGGCGAGCGGCGGGGGGAGGAGGAGGAGGAGGCGGCGGCGCUGACGGUGUGGCGGAAGUCGCUGCUGUUCAACUGCAAGGGGUUCACGGUGUUCGACGCCAAGGGGAACCUGGCGUACCGCGUCGACAGCUACGACACGGAGAGCGGCGACGAGGUCGUCCUCAUGGACGCCGCCGGCGCCCCGGCCUUCACCGUCCGCAGGAAGAGGCAGCUCAGCCUGCAGGGGGAGCAGUGGCUCGUGUUCGCCGGCGAGGCGGACGGCCGGCGGCCGCCCGUGUACGCGGUCAGGCGGACGGGCCGCGGCGGCGGCAAGUCGCUGGCGCGCGUGACGCCGUGCGCGGGCGCGGCCGCGGCCGGCGCGUCGGCGGCGUACGAGGUGGAGGGAUCGUACGCGCGGCGGUGCUGCGUGGUGUACGACGGCGAGAGGCGGGCGGUGGCGGAGGUCCGGCCCAAGGAGGCGGUCGGCACUGACGUGUUCCGGCUUGUUGUGCAGCCCGGCGUCGGCGUGUCGCUCGCCAUGGCCGUCGUGGUGGCGCUCGACCAGAUGUUCGGGAGGCCGUCUCUCCUGAGGAGCUGGUCCUCGUAGACCUCUCCUCUCAGUUUUUACUUAAAUUUAGUAGCUAGUUUCUUUCUGUCUGAAUUUUUUUUGCCCCUAUUUCUUGGGGUUAAUGAAUAUACAUGAGUGUUCUUGAUUCCUACAAAUGAUCUUAUUUUUUUUUCUAUAUACAUGGUUAACAUGAAGUCCCAGAUCCGGCCUUGUCUAUGGCUUUUUUGGCAGUAGUACUAAUCAACUUGACCAAGACCUCUGUAAAGAUGUUUUACAGGUGUGUAUGUAUAUAUGUACAAAAAAAAAAGAGAAAUAUCAAGAAUUAACAAUGGGCAGUUAUUUUUUCCCCAUACAA